CCCCUCCCGCCUGCCGGAAGUGACGCGCCGGGCAGGCGCUGGCGCGCGGCGGGAGGUGCGCAGCGGCCAUGGGGAAGAAGGAGAGAGAUAAGAAGAAGUCCAAGAAGCGCCAUUACGAUGACGACGAAGAGGAUGAAGAUGAAGCUCCCGGCAAGGAGUCGCAGGAGGCGGUGCCCUCCGCCGCGGGGAAGCAGGUGGAGGAGAUCGGCACCAAAGUGGACGAGUACGGAGCGAAGGAUUACAGGCAGCAGAUGCCCCUGAAGGCCGACCACUCCUCGCGUCCCCUCUGGGUGGCUCCUGAUGGCCAUAUAUUUCUGGAAGCCUUUUCUCCACUUUACAAAUAUGCACAGGAUUUUUUGGUUGCCAUUGCUGAGCCUGUGUGCAGACCAACCCACAUUCAUGAGUACAAGCUGACUGCUUACUCUCUGUAUGCUGCUGUUAGUGUUGGCUUACAAACGAGUGACAUCACAGAGUACUUACAAAAGCUGAGCAAGACUGGUGUCCCAGAUGGAAUCAUUCAGUUUAUCAAGCUGUGUACUGUCAGCUAUGGGAAGGUGAAGCUGGUACUGAAACAUAACAGAUAUUUUGUGGAAAGUACCCACCCUGAUGUCAUUCAGCAGCUUCUGCAGGACCCUGUUAUUAAAGAUUGUCGCCUGAGAAAUGCUGAGGGUGAAGAAACAGAGCUCAUUACAGAGACAUUCACAAGUAAAUCAGCGAUUUCCAAAUCCAGUGAAGGAGGUUUUGGUCCAUCAACAUCACAGGGAACAGAUGCUCAGAAUAAGCCAGAUGUCCCAGCUGACUUAUAUGAGUUUUAUGAACAGAUGGACAAAGAUGAGGAGGAGGAGGAGGAAACACAGACAGUAUCUUUUGAAAUCAAGCAGGAGAUGAUUGAAGAACUUCAGAAGCGUUGUAUCCAUUUGGAGUACCCUUUGCUGGCAGAAUAUGAUUUCAGAAAUGAUUCUGUGAAUCCUGAUAUUAAUAUAGAUCUGAAACCUACAGCUGUUCUCAGGCCCUAUCAAGAGAAGAGCCUACGGAAGAUGUUUGGAAAUGGACGAGCCAGAUCUGGUGUUAUUGUCUUGCCGUGUGGUGCUGGCAAGUCUCUGGUGGGAGUGACAGCUGCCUGUACUGUCCGCAAGCGCUGCCUGGUCCUGGGCAACUCUGCGGUGUCUGUAGAGCAGUGGAAGGCCCAGUUCAAGAUGUGGUCCACCAUUGAUGACAGUCAGAUAUGUCGGUUCACUUCUGAUGCCAAAGACAAACCCAUUGGCUGUUCUAUUGCUAUCAGCACAUAUUCCAUGUUGGGGCACACGACAAAAAGAUCCUGGGAAGCAGAAAGAGUAAUGGAAUGGCUUAAAAGUCAAGAGUGGGGCCUUAUGAUACUUGAUGAAGUACAUACUAUCCCUGCAAAAAUGUUCAGACGUGUGCUCACUAUUGUGCAAGCUCAUUGUAAACUGGGGCUGACUGCUACCCUGGUCAGAGAAGAUGAUAAAAUUGUUGACCUGAACUUCCUGAUUGGACCAAAGCUCUAUGAAGCCAACUGGAUGGAGCUGCAGAACAGUGGUUACAUUGCUAAAGUCCAGUGUGCUGAGGUUUGGUGCCCAAUGUCACCUGAAUUUUACAGAGAAUAUGUAGCUAUCAAAACAAAGAAACGGAUCCUGCUGUACACCAUGAACCCAAAUAAGUUCAGAGCCUGCCAGUUCCUGAUUAAGUUUCACGAGCGGCGGAAUGAUAAAAUAAUUGUAUUUGCUGACAAUGUCUUCGCACUGAAGGAGUAUGCUGUCAGACUUGGAAAACCCUAUAUUUAUGGUCCUACCGCACAAGGAGAAAGAAUGCAAAUUCUACAAAACUUCAAGCACAAUCCAAAAAUCAACACUAUUUUCAUUUCCAAGGUAGGCGACACAUCCUUUGAUCUGCCAGAAGCCAAUGUUCUCAUUCAGAUAUCUUCCCAUGGUGGGUCUCGAAGGCAGGAGGCACAAAGACUGGGACGAGUGCUGAGAGCCAAAAAAGGCAUGGUUGCAGAGGAAUACAAUGCCUUUUUUUAUUCUCUUGUAUCCCAAGACACUCAGGAAAUGGCAUAUUCAACAAAGCGACAGCGUUUUCUUGUAGAUCAAGGUUAUAGCUUCAAGGUAAUAACAAAGCUCGCAGGCAUGGAAGAAGAAGAACUGGCAUUUUCAACCAAAGAAGAACAGCAGCAGCUUCUCCAGAAAGUCCUGCAAGCAUCUGACCUGGAUGCUGAGGAGGAAGUAGUAGCUGGAGAAUAUGGUUCAAAGUCAGCUCAGGUCUCACGUCGUACAGGCACAAUGAGCUCGAUGUCAGGAGCUGAUGAUACAGUUUACAUGGAAUACCACUCUGCACGGAGCAAGGCUUCUUCAAAUAAACACAUCCAUCCACUAUUUAAACGCUUCCGGAAAUGAGGUGCUUCAUCUCUGCCUUUUGGUCAAACUGGGGAUCCAUGUACCUCUUCCCAGAGCUAAAAAUGUGGAGCUGAAAUAUUCAAAAGGUCUCUUUCAAAGACUUUUCUGAUCUCCAGCUGUAGAGCCACAUAUUUAUUUAGAGAUCUAUGUGCUUUCAUGGGUGAAUAUGAAAUAAGGAAAUUGAGUCAUACCAGAGGAAAGAUCAUCUCCAGUGGCUGGAUCCUGGUUAUACCUGUCUGGUUUUCAGGGUAAUUAAUAGAAUUUAUUUUUAUCAUCUGAAGACCCUUUUUCAGAAGAAUUCUGGAAAAGUUUUGUAAAUGAAGUUUGUAUUAAUGUUUGAAAUAUUAUUUAUCUGGUUAUUGUGUCUCUUCAACAAAAAUGCUGUUUUUUAAAAUACUUAAAUAAAAAUCAUUCAUUGAGCUGAAAAAAUCCUGAUGGGAGCACUUUAUAUAGUAUUUUUACACUGGGAGCUAAUUUAUACUGAUGGUUUAACCUGUCUUAAAAUUCUAACAAAUUAUUUGGAAAUAUUUUGAUGUUAGAAAUGGGGACUUUGUCUCUCAAGAAAACUCAAGAAGGAAAAACUCCAGGAUACAUAAGUAAAUACAAAUAAAUUCUGUCCUCUGUUCUCAUUUUUCUACUGUUGAGGUGAUGCUGAAAUAAAAGCUAUUUCCAUUGUCACUUAUGUACUGUUUAUUAAACAGUCAAUAAAACUAUCACAAC